AUUACUUUUGUCUUUAAUAAAGUUCUUUUUGAUAAAAAAUAUUUAUAUUUACACACAUUUUAAAAUACUAUAAAUUAUAAAUGUACCUUGCAGGAUCGGUUGGAACAUGGAACCCACGUACAAAUGCACAAAUGCUUCUUAGGAGGUCUGAAAAUUAGACCGAAAGUAGGUCUAGAAUGGAACAGUUAUUGUUGCUACGUGUCAGCACAUCAACAGUCAACAGGGUCUGAUACAAUGUCAAAGUACUUGUGUUUAGUUUCUUUGUUGUUGGCAGUAGCCAUGGUCAAUUCAAAAUUCGAGCAACUUAGCUCGAAAACCCGAUACAAGGAUGUUUUCACGAAAAAUAUUGUACUACCACCUGGCUAUAAACCGUCUAAGGCUCUUUUGCUAAUCCGACAUGCGACAUGCACACCAGACGAAAGUGUCUAUAAUAAUAUGAUGGUGUUACUACGGGAAUUGCAAGAAAAAAUUAGAACAACCGGAAAGAAACCGGUUGGAAAAGACGUUCAAAUCUUUCUGGAUUGGACUGCGACGCCUUAUCAGUUUGUUGAAGGAGCUUAUUUGCUUCCUGAAGGCAUAAUGGAAAUUACACAAUUCGCAACUAGGUUGAAGGACACGCUUCCAAAAUUUUUUGACGGCUUAUAUGAUGCUGCAAAGUACCCGAUAAAAGCAAUUCCGAGUGGGCGUGCCAUAGAAACUUCUCGAGUAUUUUUGAAAACCCUGUUUAACGAAAGUAGUCUUCCUGAGGAAAUUCCGACAUGCUCAGAAACAGACCUUCUUUUAGUGUUUGAAUACGGUAGAGGAACAGUAGAUCCAGGAAGGAAACAAUAUAGAAAACAUGUAGAAAGACAAAGAAAGGAUUUUAUAAAAAGUAGAGCAUUCACUAAUGUGAGACAAAAAUUUGCAAACAAAUUUGGCCUUCAUGUGGAAGAGGUGGAUUACGGAUAUAUAAAAUCCUUGUGGGAUAUUUGCCGUUGGAAUAGACUUAUAUAUAGUGAAGAUCAAUGCCCUUGCCACUUUUUUGAAGAAGAAGAUAUCGGUGUAAUGUUAAAACUGGAUGAAGAUCGUUGGUGGUCGUUUUCUUCUACCAGUGUAAGUUUGUUCAACGGAAAACUUAGUUGCGGUAUAUUCGACCAUCUCCUGAGAUUUUUGAAAAGCAAAAAAAAAAGACCAUUAUUUCCAAUGUACUUUGGACAUCGGACAAAUGUUUUACUUGCGCACACGGCCUUAGGUUUAGACCCAGUUAAGGAAAAUUUCUCAACCUCGCACGUCAUACCCUUCAUGGCAAACUUAAUGGUAAUUGUAUUCCAAAAGAAGGGCACCGAGUCGUUGGUUGGCUUUUAUUUCAACGAAACCUUGACGGCCAUCCCGUUGGUAGACAACAGUACAUAUUGUGAUUAUUGUCGGUUGUCCGAUGUAAUUAUAAAGCUGGACGCUUAUCUUGUACUUAACGAAUGCGAAAAAUUCUUCUCCGAAGCCGAAGACAAAUCCGUUGGCGUCCCUUACGACUUCUCCAGACCGAGUUAUUAA